UUUUCAGGAAUUUUGUCAGCCGUUUGAGAAACCACUAAAUUAGAGCUUCAAAAACUUCGAGAGGAAUGAGUGUUUCUGUGAUUUCCAAGAGAGUUUUGGUUCGUUGACUGAGUUAGUUUUGGUUUUAGAGAUCUAGCAACUGAAAGCUGGCUACUGUUUGUGAUUCCUUUCGAUGGGGUUGAUGUUUGUGUGGAAAAAGUAUGGCCUGUUUCAGAUGUUUCUCUGUUGAUUCAAGUUAUAAAAGAGAGCCAAGAGUCAGUAAUCAGGUCACAGGCUCGUGAAAGCUGUUUGAGUCAUACCCAUGUCUAGUUCUCCUAGAGUUCAGUCCAUGAAUGUGGCUGAAGCAGAGACCAGGUCAACUAUAGGGACUGCUGCUAAAAAGGCUAGUCCUUUCAUCACACACAAAGCUGUAUCAAAGUCGCUGAGAAAGCUUGAAAGAUCCUCAUCUGGGCUCACUGGAUCAGAUGAGAAAACAUCUUAUGCUACACCAACAGAAACUUUGUCUUCUUCUUCUCACAAGCAUACUCUUAAUGCGGCUUCUAUACUACGACGGCAUGAGCAGAACCUAAAUUCUAAUCUGUCACUAAAUGCAUCAUUUUCAUCUGAUGCCUCCAUGGACUCGUUCCACAGCCGAGCAUCAACGGGUCGGUUGAUAAGAUCCUAUAGUGUUGGAAGUAGAAGUAAGUCUUACCCUUCCAAGCCAAGAAGUGUUGUCUCUGAAGGUGCUUUGGAUUCACCACCUAGUGGUUCAGAGACUAAGAAGAGGUGUGCUUGGGUGACACCAAACUCUGAUCCGUGCUAUAUUGUUUUCCAUGAUGAAGAAUGGGGUGUGCCAGUUCACGAUGAUAAGAGGUUGUUUGAACUCCUCGUGCUUUCGGGUGCUUUGGCUGAACACACAUGGCCUAUGAUACUGAGCAAGAGGCAGACCUUCAGGGAAGUUUUUGCUGAUUUUGACCCCAAUGCCAUUGUGAAGAUUAAUGAGAAGAAGCUAAUCGGUCCAGGAAGCCCCGCAAGCACUUUGUUGUCUGAUCUUAAGCUAAGGGCCGUCAUUGAGAAUGCGCGCCAGAUACUUAAGGUAGACCUUUCUUCCACUCUUGGUUGGUUGCUCAGGAGACCCAAUUUUGAGCACAUUGAUUCAAAGCCUUGCAAAAGUCUGGAUAUUGAAAUUAAAGGAGGUCUAGAAGUUUUCAAAGUGAUAGAAGAAUACGGAUCAUUUGACAAGUAUAUAUGGAGCUUUGUGAAGAAUAAGGGGAUCGUGAGCAAGUUCAGGUACCAGCGACAAGUGCCUGCAAAAACUCCAAAAGCAGAAGUGAUAAGCAAAGAUCUAGUGAGAAGAGGGUUCCGCAGCGUAGGACCAACGGUGGUUUACUCCUUCAUGCAGGCAGCAGGGAUAACAAACGAUCAUCUCACCAGUUGUUUCAGGUUCCACCAUUGUAUAUUCGAACAAGAAAGGUAUGUCUAAAAAGAGGGACUUCCGAAAACUUGUUAAGAAGUUAUUUUGUGUUUUGUAAAGCCUCCAAUUUGAGUCU